UACGAUGCAUCGCGUUAGAAUUCACGGAGAAAUCCCAGCCUGCAGCUGCAGGUGGUUAGGUUACCCGUUCAGCCGUCCUCCUCCUCCUCCGCCGCCGCCGUCGCCGGCGGCGGGUCUGCGUUUACUCCUCCAAACCCGUCUCGCGUUUCAUUCGCAGCAGUUAGGAGAUCAUGGGAUUCACUAGACAUUUGGGCGGAUGUGUUGUUCUUGUUAGGUUCGUUCAAGGAUUGAAAGCUUCUGAAAUGAACGCCAUUGGUUGGGACUUCGAGUGUUUUGAUGUUCUGAAAGCCUGAAACCAUGAAGAAUCGAGCAGUAGAGAUGUCGAGUGGCGUGUACACGUAUAAACAUCACUGCGAGGGAGGAUUCGAUAUCCAUGAAAUCUACAUCAAGAGGAGCAAAUUCAGGGUGCUGUUCUCUUAUGUCGGCGAAAUUUUCCUCUUUGCGAAUGUACUGCAUGCCUUGCUGUUAAAGGAGAGUCUAUGCAUCAAUUCUUUUUGGAGUAUUUCAUUUGCUUUUGCCGUUGCAAAAUGCUUAAAAUAUAAGCCUGUGAAGAAAGAGUCAUUGUUGAUCAUGCCAACCUUUGGUGUUCAGCUAGAACAACACUUUUGGAGUGGAAGAGUUCAUCGUCAAUUUGUGCCCGUUGGCAAGCUCCUAAAGCCAGUGUUGAAUGAGCAUGUGACCCCUAUUACAUGUUACUGGAGCUUAGUGUUGCUUCUACACAGCGAAGACAAACUCGUGCGUGUUUUUAAGAAGGUGUAUCCACCAGUCAAAAUGAUGGUUCCGAUAUGGAAAGCUUUGGAUGCAUUCACAAAUUAUGGUGGCAUGGGCAAUUCUGUAGCUCUUCAACCAAACCCUCUGCUUAUAAAUGUUGAACAAGGAUGUACAGCGACAUGAAGCCGUGAUUCACUGAAGACUUUGGCUGACAGAAGAAUGUAAACUAAAUUUGCUAUGGACAAACGAAAAUAAACUAUAAAAUGAGAAAAUGUUAGUGAUGGAGAGCUGUAAUUUUUCACUGGAGGAAGUAUUUUAUUUCUUCUCUGUUUUUUAGCUGCAGAAAUUUACCAGCCCAUUUACCACCUUGGCCAUGUGUAUUUCUGACCCUCUGAAGAUUCGCAGUAGAAUGUCCUGUACCGGUUUCCAGUUCUUGCAUAGGAGUUCAUCUUCUGCACAUUGUAAACUCAUUGCAGUGUACUUUUGCUGGUACUACUAAAAAGCUUACCACUUGGAUGAAA